GGGCCAGGGGAAAGGAUCUGGGGGAGGAAAAGAGAGGCGGGAGAUGGAGGCGGUCAAGGUGGGAAAUUCAAGGUUCAAGAGGAUGUGCGUCUUCUGUGGGAGCAGCACAGGCAAGAGGCACUGUUACCAAGAUGCUGCCGUGGAGCUCGGGAAGGAGCUGGUGGCGAGGAAGGUCGAUCUGGUGUAUGGAGGCGGCAGCGUGGGGCUGAUGGGUCUCGUCUCUGAAGCUGUUCAUUCUGGUGGCGGCCAUGUCAUCGGGAUCAUCCCGAGGACACUGAUGUCCAAGGAGAUUACAGGGGAGACGUUCGGGGAGGUGAAGCCGGUGGCCAGCAUGCACCAGCGCAAGGCCGAAAUGGCCCGCCACUCCGACGCCUUCAUCGCCCUGCCCGGUCCGACCUUUCCCCAUCCAAGUCCUUUCGCUUACCCACCACUGUCGGGUCUUAUCUCACUCCAUCUCCGUCGUCCUUUAGGUGGGUAUGGAACCCUGGAGGAGCUGCUGGAGGUCAUCACCUGGGCGCAGCUCGGCAUCCACAACAAGCCUGUGGGAUUGCUCAACGUGGAUGGUUACUACAACUCCCUGCUCGCCUUCAUCGACAAGGCCGUGGAGGAUGGCUUCAUCCAGCCAUAUCAGCGCUACAUCUUCGUCUCCGCCCCCAACGCCAAGGACCUCGUCCAAAAGCUCGAGGAAUACGUACCCGUGGAGGACGCCGUAGCCGCCAAACUCAGCUGGGAGAUGGAGCAGAUGGGACUAAACUCCACCCUGCACGCCGAGAUCGCUCGGUAGUGUUUUGGGCCCUUCGCUAUGCCUGUAUUCGUCGCCAUAUAUUUUCUCUUACGGCUGUAAUUGUAUGUAUGCAGUACUGCUUCUAACUCAGGAAAACAUCAGCUUUAUGAUGAAUCGUCUUCUCGAUGUUGUCUUCGCUGUGCUCUGUGUGGGUCAACGUAGGGAUAGGGUUUACCUUCGUCGCUGUACAGCCAUUGAGUAGCCAUCCUCGAAAGAAAAAGCCGGCCUUCGUGUAGCUUUUGGCGCACUGUGGUGCGCCGUGUGGGACAUGGAAGGCAACGAGUGUUACUCGAUGGCUGGGGGUUGAUGAUUGUGAGAUUAAAAGGGAGGCCCUUCCAUUGUCUGCAGCAACAGGAUAAGCUCAUCAGGGUGGACGUCUCGUCCCUGUUCUCCACAGCACAAGGGGAGUGAGAGGGGGCGCCCACUGCCUGUACCAGUUCUACGUGCGGUAGUAGUCCAUCCAGUUGGGCAAGAUUCCUUGGUGUGAGGCUCGGCAACAGUGGCCGAUCCAACAAAGCCUGGGCCACUCACUCACCAUGAGCAAUUAAUUCCAGGAUCCUUACUGUGUGUGUGGUUCUUUUGAACAGUCUCUCGCUUUGAGUUCUACGUCGGGUUAAUGAUUGCCGGAGGAUGUGACUAGAGUUACGCAAAUGAUGAUGGCCAAAAGGGCAAUGGCAAUGCGAAGGUAUUGGGUUUGUUUAUGAUAUUUUGUAGAGGUUUCCUAUGGUCGGUCGGUCGUUUGAGGCCAAAAACAAAUGUUA